AUGGUCGUUCACGGCCUUCUUCCUAAACCCCUCUCCGCAAACGAUGUCGUAGUCGGCCAGCUGCUGUCUCACCCUCUCUACCCCGAUCGCGAUUGCUUCUACUCCGACAGCGCCCACGAAGAUGUCGACAGCCUCAAUGACACUCACAUCAAGACCCGCUACAAGGACCUCUUUUCCGUAGAUGCAGAGGGCCGCUUCAUGGCUGCGUACGGUGCAAAGUUUGAUCUAGGCCGAGUGUACAGGCAACCCAAUCUGCUGAGAGUCACGGCCGAGCAGAUCAUCCAGCGCGAAUGCCAGCUGCCCAUCGCCGCCUUCCAAUUUGUCUGCAAUGACCCGGAUACCCAGAAAUGGAUCUACAACCACGUCAAGGAGAAGCAGACGGACACCUUCUACAUGAUCGUUGGAACCACGGAGCUGCACAAAGCCACCUUCAAGCGCGCGAGGCUGCAAGAUGCUGGCGCCUCCACCCGCCUCAGCGAAUCUGUAAUCGAGAAGAAUGCACGUGUGCCCCGCGCCAUUGCUCGACAAAACUCCACCCUGGGUGGCAUCGGCCACGAGCCCCACGUCUCCGGCAUCUUCGGAAUGGAUGUGCGCCGGUGCAUAGCCAGAAUCACCACAGCUGUGGAACCACAUCAGUUGGGUGACAUAGGAUACCACUGGUACUAUUACCCAGUCGAAAACAGCCCCAACAAGGAACAGCUGGCCGUGGGUAUGGGCGAGGCCUUGAAGGCGGAUGAGCUGCGUCUCAUGCUCGACCUCACCGAGGAGGAUGUGCAGACCAACCUUGACGCCAUCAGCCAGCUCAGUCUCGAUGCCCUGAGCGCCGCCGCAAGUCCCAUGCUCCGCCCAAGCUCCCCCGCCCUGAGGGGCCGUUCCCCCUCGCCGCACCCACUUUCCAAAGCACGCACUUGAAGUGCUGCUUGUUCUUCCUCGCCUACGCUAGAGCUUCAUGGCUUGAUUCUGAUGUUGCCAUCGGGCGUGGAAACGAAGUUAUGGUUAUGACGUGAUAGACUUGUUUUCUUUCUUUUGAGAGCGUUAAUUGACACAUGAGCGAGCGAGCGAGCGAUCACGUGGGUAUCGUUUGCCCAGAAUAUUACGGUCUAUCUUUUUCUAUUCUUAUUGAGAAUGUAUCCCUGUGGAGAACUCUCUUCUACAAAACAACCCCAAAAUAACUAUUACAAUCUCCCCUCCUCGAAUCGCGGACACAGAUGAAGGAGAAUGUGAAUACUCCCUUAAUAUAAGCCUAUUCAAUCAGUGUAUAUCACCACGAAGGACAUGUGACCAUCCAACAAUCAAUCCACAUGGACAUGCGCGAUUACGAUUGCCCGUCCUAUGAUUACACACUCGAAAGCAAUAUCACUAUGAUGUUGCCAUUGCUUGAUCUUCGAGUUACAUCCAAGGAAAGAAAAGCAAAUCCAUACCUUUGUACUAUAGCCGCCGCGAGUUACAGGUACCCACGGACUAGCCCAGGAACGAAACCUUAACGGUGUUUGCGCCCAGUGGGUAACUCUAAUUGGUACAUGGCUGAUUGUUAGCUGAAGAGACAAUACGAUGGCCCGGCGCGUAGGUUGCUGGCCUAAGUUAGCCUGCCCCAAGUUCAGACUGUGGAUUCUCGCCUCCACUAUCAACUCCACCCAUUGUAUAGCCGCGAUUCCGGUGCGCUGCAACUGACCACGCCUUCGCGGAGAGUUCUCUUCCCGAGCUGAC